AUGGAGGCUUUAGACGGGCCGUUGUUGUUUCGUGUGGCGGAAGCUACCGGCGAGGCUGUUACCUCCAUCGCGAACAUCGCUUCCGUAUCCCGCGCCUUCGCCCGUGUCGCCCGCUCGGAGCUAUGGCCGCGUUACUGCCUCGCGCGCGCCGCGCUUGCGGAAGACGGCGAGGCGGCGGCGGUGGCCGCGGUGGCGGCGCGCCUGGUGCGCGAGGCAGGAAGCGCCGAUGCGCCGCGAAACGCGGCGAGCGUCCUGGCGCGCUGCAUGAGUGCGUGCCCGGGCGUGGUACCCGCGUGCUCCAACGUGGAAGCCGAGCCGUGGAAUCGCUGGUCCGGGAAAUUCGCAAGGGAGUUCUGCAGCGAUACGGAGGAGGAAAGCGGCGCAGUCGGGGGAAGUGUGGGUGUGGGAGGCGGCAAGGUACAUGACGAUGCAUUGGAGGAGAGCGGCGUCAAUCCUCACGUCAGCGAUUCCUGUGCCCUCUCCUGCGCCCUCGCCACUCGGCUCUUUCUGGACGAAUGCUUCCUCCCCGCCCCUUUCUGCCCAUCGCCGCUCAUUUUGGGCGAGGUGGAAGAAGACGAAAAGCGGAAAGCUAGGGGGGAAGAUAAGGGGGAAGGGGACGAAAGGGGGAAAGCUAGGGAGGAAGUUAGGGAGGAAGGAGCACAGGAGGGCGCGGCUGUGUUGAUGGCAGCAGGGGACUGUGGGAAGGAUCACGAGGCAGAGGCUGAGGAUGAGGAGGAGGAGGAGGAGCGUUGUGAGGUGGUGCGGGGAGCUAUUGCUGGGUUCAGGCACUCACGCUUUCACAGCCUGCUGCAAGGCCAGGCGUUUGCUGCAAGUGCAUGCCCCUUCUGCCAUGACCAGGUGUUUCAAGCAUGGGUCUUGCCGCAUUAUGCCAUGGAGGAUUUAGAAGGGCUGGUGUUGUUUCGUGUGGCGGGCGCUACCGGCGAUGCGGUUACCACCAUCGCCAAUAUCGCCUCCGUCUCCCGCGCCUUCGCUCGCGUCGCCCGCGCGGAGCUAUGGCCGCGUUACUGCCUCGCGCGCGCCGCGCUUGCGGAAGACGGCGAGGCGGCGGCGGUAGCGGCGGUGGCGGCGCGCUUGGUGCGCGAGGCGGCCAGCGCCGAUGCCCCGCGAAACGCGGCGAGCAGCCUGGCGCGCUGCAUGAGCGCGUGCCCGGGCAUGGUACGGGCGUGCUCCAUCGCUCUGCGAGUGCACGGGGCAAGUGAGGAUCCAUUGGAGGAGAGCGGCAGUCACUUCCCCAUUGAUUAUCACGUUAGCGACUCCUCUGCCCUCUCCUCCGCCCUCGCCGCUCAGCUUUUUGUGGACGAGUGCUUCCUUCCCGCCCCUCCUUCCCGCUCUAAACCAGGAGGGCGCGGCGGUGUUGAUGGCAGCAGGGGGCUGUGGGCGGGAGCAAGAGCACGAGGAUGA